CUCGAUGAAGUAUAAAUAGCGGCCGUCUGGCUGGAUUUCUCAACAGUCUUCCCUCGAUCGCUGAACGAACAACUUAAAGAAAGCAAUAUGAAGGUUUUCGUUGCCAUCUGUGUGUUGAUCGGCCUGGCCUCCGCUGAUUAUGUGGUUAGGAACCGGAACGACAUGCUGAACUAUCGGGAGGAGUGCGUCAAGGAGCUGGCUAUUCCCGUGGAUCUGGUAGAGAAGUACCAGAAGUUCGAGUACCCCAAUGACCCCAAGACCCAGUGCUACCUCAAGUGCGUCUUCACCAAGUGGGACCUGUUCGAUGUGCAGAACGGCUUCAAUGUGGAGAACAUCCACCAGCAGCUGGUGGGCAACCAUGCCGAUCACAACGAGGCCUUCCACGCCACCUUGGCCGCCUGUGUAGACAAGAAUGAGCAGGGAUCCAACGCCUGUGAGUGGGCCUACCGCGGAGCCACUUGCAUUCUGCGGGAGAACGCUGCCCAGAUCCAGAAGAGCCUGGCCCCCAAGGCUUAGGAAGGUCUUCAUAACACAAAUGUACUGAUAAGCAUACAUUAAGUAAUAAAGUAAAUGAUUUUGUACAAA